AUGGCGGGCCCACCGUCGACCAGCUCGGCCGGAAGGAGGCAGUCUGCCGGCCCAAAGGCGAUCCCAGGCGCUUUCGGCGCAGGCUCGCCCCUCGAGGGCCAGAGCUUCGAGACGAUUGCAGAGAAGCUCAAGGACCCGUCUGUCGACUACAAGACCAAGACGAACCUGGCGACAGAGCUCCGAGAUGCUAUCGACAUGUACCAGAAGGACCUCGACCUCGGCAAGCUCUUCGACGUCCUCCUACCAGCCUUCACCGACAUCCUCAGGACGGGCAAGCCCGCGUUUGUGUCGACUUCGGGCGAGCAUAAACUCCGCAAUCUCCUCAUCCAGAUUCUCCACCGUCUCCCGCAUGUCGAGCCUCUGCGCCAGCACGCCCCGUCCCUCAUGUCGCUCCUGCUCAAGCUGCUCCGCAUCGAGUCAGAAGACAACGCCGUCCUCUGCAUGAAGCCCGCCAAUGCCGAACCGACGCCCGACCCGACUGUCGCGCAGAUCGAAGCGAGUGUUGACGAGUUCUUGGAGAUCGUCGCCGACCUCUUCAAGAACAUGGGUAGCGUCGUCGAGGAGACCUUCCGGGAGGCGACGAGGCAGACUCGCUCACAGGCGGGUCAGGCAGCAGCAGACGCGCAGAGCCCGUCGUCAGGCGGACCACCGUCGCUCGAGGGAGAGGGAGGUGCCGGCAACCAGCCGGUCGUCUACGCGCCGGCAAUGCGCAGCUUCAAGUUGCUGCAGGACUGCCCCGCCUCGAUCGUUUUCAUCUUCCAGACCUACCGCCCGCUCGUCAACAAGGCCAUCACCAUCUUCGUGCCUCUUGUUUUCGAGUUCAUCCAAAUGCAGGCGGAGCCGCAGCGGCGCAAGCACGAGUCGAUGGAGCCUGGCAAGUCGUGGGUUGGCAUCUGUCCCGAGAUCCCGAAGGACAAGCGGGGCGCUUUCCAGGACAUGGUCAUGGCGCAGACGAAGACCAUGUCAUUCCUCGCCUAUAUUCACCGCGUCUCGAACACUGCCCUCUCGUCCUACCUGAACGUCCUGCCCCAGAUCGCCGUCCGACUCAUGAAGGACUGUCCGUCCGAAGCCGUCGCCAUGAAGCGCGACCUCAUCAUCGCGACUCGCCACAUACUCCAGAGCGACCUCCGCACCGCCUUCCUCUCGCAGAUCGACACUCUCCUUGACGAGCAUGUCUUGACCGGCAACUCUGUCACCGGCCACGAGAACCUGCGACCACUCGCCUUCUCCAUGCUCGCCGACCUCAUCCACCACUGUCGUGCCGACCUCACCCUCCCCCAGCUCUCUCGCGUUGUGCACACGUACUGCGCAAACGUGCACGAUCCGACACUCGCCUCGGCCAUCCAGACGAUGUGCUCGAAGCUCCUCCUGAACCUGAUCGACCCGAUCGCGAGCAAGGAGCCGCAAGAGGCCGUCAAGAUCCUCCAGCGCAUCCUGCUCGCGUUCGUCAGCCGGAUGGAGGCGAUGGCCGAGGUGCGGGACGAGUGGGCCAAGUGGAGCAAGACGCGCGAGCCGCUGCCAGCCACGAUGGACAAGGUGCGCGAGAGCGAGAAGGAGCGGCGUGAGUGGGAGAAGCGGCAGAAGGAGAAAGGCAUGGGCAAGGCGGACGAUGCCGAUGCAGAUGGCGACCAUGCGAUGGAGUCCGCAGGCGGCGCCGACGCGAAGGACGACGAGAGCGCCAAGGACGAGACGAAGGAGGAGGGCGACAAAAUGGAUGUCGACGGUGCGGACGAGAGCGCAGAGGCGAAGGUCGAGAAGAAGAAGAAGGAUGCGGAUGCCGAGCCGACGCUGCUCAAGCUCGACGACGUCGACAUCGAGCGCGCCAAGCCGAUCAGAAAAGCCGUUAUCAUGGUCGAUCCAGGUCCAGAUCCCGUCAAGGACGCCCGCUUCCUCUUCCGCAACCUCCUCUUCGGCUUCAAGACGCUUAGCCUCGCGCUCAACCGCAUGGGCGGCCAAGGACCGGACGCCGAGCUCAUGUGCCGCUUCUUCGACGCCGCCGUCAAGUGCAUGGUCCUCUUCGACCCGGCGCGGGACCAAGGCCGCGAGCAGAAGGAGGUCAUGGAGGUCUUGACGUCGACGCUCGUCCAGACGGAGCUCGUCAUCUUCCAGGAAGUCGUCGAGAACCGCAUGGGCUUCUUCUUUGACGAGUUGAUUCGGAACCACGAGCUCCUCGUCAUCCCGCAAUCGCUCCUCUCGAACGAGAACGUCUCGCAGCAUUUCGUCGCCAUCCUUUUCCGCUUCCUCUCGUCGCGACUUCCCGAGCUCGGCAACAGCAACAAGGAGAACACCUCGGUCAUGCUCCGCCUCUACAAGAUGUCGUUCAUGGCUGUCACGAUCUUCCCCGAGAAGAACGAGCCCGUCCUCCUGCCGCACCUCUCGAACCUCAUCAUGAACUCCCUCAAGCUUGCGAGCCAGGCGACCGAGCCGAACUCGUACUACCUCCUCCUGCGCGCCCUCUUCCGCUCGAUCGGCGGCGGUCGAUUCGAGAUCCUCUACAACGAGGUCCUGCCCCUCCUUCAGACGCUCCUCGAGCAGCUCAACGCCCUCCUCAAGUCGGCCGACAAGUCGCGCAAGGACCUCUUCGCCGAGCUCAUCCUCACCGUCCCCGUCCGCCUCUCCGUCCUUCUCCCGUACCUCAGCUAUCUCAUGCGCCCGCUCGUCCACGCCCUCCAGGCCGGCUCCGAGCUCGUCAGCCAGGGUCUUCGAACGCUCGAGCUCUGCGUCGACAACCUUACGCAAGAGUUCCUCAAUCCGCUCUUCGCCCCCGUCAUCGACGAGGUCAUGGCCGGCCUGUGGAAGCUCCUCCGCCCUCUGCCGUUCAAUCACCAGCAUGCGCACACGACUAUGCGGAUCCUCGGCAAGAUCGGCGGCAGGAACCGCAAAGGCUUCGAGCCGCCGAAGCUCGAGUGGAAGAACGUCGGGACCGAAGCCCUGCUCAAUGUCAAGUUCGAGGGCAAAGACGCCGCUAUCCGCAUUGGUCCGAUUGUCGACGUUGCGCUCAAGAUCAUCCGGCGAGGCGAUGUGCACUACCGACGUGUCGCGUACCAAUUCCUCAAGUAUUCGGUGGCCGUCUUCCUCCGCGAGGGUCUGCUGCCUGGCGAACCGGAGGAGACGUUCGGCAACGUCCUCAAGGGUCUUUUCGAUGCGACUCGCGUUGACGACUUCCACGAGGAGGCGAACAAGUACAUGAUCGAUCUCGCUCGCGUGGUGUUCGCCUUCGAACUCGGCAAGGAGAUGCCCGAGAACCCGAACCUCGCCCGCCAGACCCUGCCGCUGUCGUCCGCCUUUGUCGACGGCGUGAUCGAGAACCUCUGCACCGUCGAGACGCCGGACAUGACUAAGGCGGCUGCGCAGACAAAGACGAUUGUCGAGCAGCUGCUCGCGAAGCGCGAACCCGGCUCGACCUCGUGCAACAAGCCCGAUGCGCCGACCGCCUUGCUCCAUCAGAUGGGAUCGCGCCUCGCCUCGCACUGCUACGAUCCCUCGUGGCAGCGCAAAUGCGGCGCCGCCCGCGGCAUGCUCAUCCUCAUCUCCGAGGUCGGCGUCGAGACCAAGUGGAUCAUCGAGCAUGAGAUUGAAUUCACCCGCGCGCUUCUGUUCGCCCUGAAGGACAUGCCUGGCGAGUCGCCUUCGAACGCAGACAUGGUCGUCGAUACGCUCCUCACCCUCGUCAGGGUGUGCAGCACGCCGGUCACGCCGGAGGACAAGGAGGCCGCACGCGUUACGCUCAACUACCUCGUCGGACUCCUCCUUGUCGAGGUCAGCAGUCAGGUUGCGCCAGUCCGCGAUGCGGUCAAGCGCGCGCUCAAAAUCGUCUCGGACAACGAGGGCAAGCCGCUCACCGAGAUGCUCACGCCCGUCAAGGACCGCCUCCUCGGCCCGAUCUUCACGAAGCCACUCCGCGCCCUCGGUUUCACGAUGCAGAUCGGCCACAUCGACGCCGUCACGUACUGCAUCACUCUCGACCCGCCUCUGAUCGAGGUCGAUGACCAGCUCGUCCGCCUCCUUCACGAAGCCCUCGGUAUCGCCGAUGCAGAGGACGUCGCGCUCCUCGGCGGCAAGGUGACGCACAAGACAAUGGCGCCGCUCACGCAACUUCGCGUCGUCUGCGUCCAGCUCCUGUCGGCAGCGUUGGCGAAUCCGCAGCUCAAUACGCCGGCCUACAAUCAGACUCGCAUCCGCGCCCUUUCCGUCUACUUCAAGCUUCUCUACUCGAAGGCGCCCGAAGUCGUCGACGCCGCGUACCACAGCCUGAAGCAGGUUAUGCUCGCGCAGGGCAAGCUCCCGAAGGACCUCUUGCAGACCGGCCUCAAGCCGGUCCUCAUGAACCUCGCCGACCACAAGAAACUCUCGGUCGCCAGUCUCCACGGCCUCGCACGCCUCCUCGAGCUCUUGACCAAUUACUUCAAGGUCGAGAUCGGGCAGAAGCUCGUCGACCACUUCCGCUCGCUCGCCAUCCCCGCCGACAUCCUCCGCGCAACCGCCAAGCAGCCGUCGGAAGACGGCGAGCUCGAGGUCAUGGCUGCGAUCGUCAACAUCUUCCACCUCCUCCCCCACCCUGCCGCCGGCAUGUACCUCGAGGACGUCGUCGAGAUGGUAGUUAGUGUCGAACGGCUGCUCAAGAAGCUGAAGACGAGCAUCUUCACCGCGCCGCUCGCCAAGUUCCUCGCGCUUCAUCCGGAGAAGACGACGCUCUUCUUCUUCGGCCGUCUCGGCGAGGAGCGUUAUGUCCCGACAUUCCGCGCGAUCAUCGCUGCCGAGCAGUCGCAGCCAAUCCGCGACUACAUCUCCGACCACGUCCAGGACCUUUUCGGCCCAUGCUUCGACAAGGACGGCGACCUCGGCUACCACACAGCCAUGGUUGUUCGCGAGCUCAUCUCGGUCGACAAGCAGUGGAUCGGGCGGUGCGAGGCAGUCUUGCCGAUCCUCAUCACGCGGUGGGUUUCGGACAUCCGACGAGGUCGCCUCAAGCGCCAGGGCAUCCCGCACGUCCAGCAGCUCAAGGAGGACCAGGUCGUCGUCGAAGUCUUCGUUGCCUACCUCGAACAAGCGGAGCACAUCGACCUGCUCUUCCACCUCGUCGAGGCGUACACGUACCUCACUUCGGCCGACCACACCGCGCUGUCGCGCUUCCUCACCCGCCACGUCGCUCUGAACGAGAACGUCGCCUUCCGUCGCCAGAUCCUCGACCGCUUCCUCGACAUCUUCGACAACGAGAACGUGACGAUGCCGCACAAGAGCGCUGCGCUGCGACUUCUCGUGAACCCGAUCCUCCUCGUCUCGUACUCGCGCGGCGAACGAGAGCAGGGUCUGAUCAGCGCGGGCUGGAUCGCCAAGGUCCAUGCGAAGGUGUGGCAUCCGUUGCUGGUCGCACCGCCGGACCUCGGCACCCUCGACGAGGAAGAACUCCGUGUCGAGCUCUGCCACAUGACGACGCUGCUCAUCCGCUCGUCGCCUUCGCUCCUCGACUCGGUCAAGAAGGACGUGAUCAAGUUCGGAUGGAUGAGCAUCCGCUUCGACGACAUCAGCGUGACGCAGACGGCGUACAUCCUCAUAGCCACCUUCCUCGCCGAGUACGAGUCGCCGGCCAAGAUUGUCGGGCAGAUCUACGUCGCGCUCCUGCGCGCGCAUCAGCCCGAGGCCCGCAACCUCGUGCGCGAAGCGCUCGACAUCCUCGCACCGGCUCUUCCGAAGCGCAUGCCGGGCGGAACGACCUCGGCGCCGGGCCAGAUUCCCGGCUGGGAGUACUUCACGCGCAAGACGCUCAUCGAGGAGGGCUCUACGAUGCCGCUGCUCGUCAACAUCUACCAGCUCAUCGUCCGCCAUCCCGACCUCUUCUUCGCCUCCCGCGAGCAGUUCUUCCCGCACCUCGUCGCCUCGCUCGGCAAGUUGACGCUGAGUACGACGAUCACACCCGAUACGCGAGUCCUCACCCUCGACGUGAUCGAGGUGAUCCUGAAGUGGGAGAAGAAGCGUCUGGAUUCGAUGAAGCAGGACGAGGGCAAGGCGGAGAACGACGACGACGCAGAAACCGCCGACCGCUCGCCGAAGCGGGCCAAGACGGAGCGCGGCGCGUCGACUGCGCCGUCGGCAGCGAGCAGCGGAGCUGGCGCGACCUACGUCCCGCCUCCGUCUCUUCGCGACCAGGUCGUCAACAACCUUCUUCGCUUCAUCUCGAAUUCGCAAGAGCCUGUUCAGCGCAAUAACCUCGUCUACCGCGCGCUCGCCUUGCUUCGGGAGCUCAUCGGACCGAGCGUCUGGGGCGAGAGCAACAUCAAGUUCUCGUUCUUCCAGCGCACUUUCUCGACCGACGUCACGGAGGAGACGCUCGGGCAGAUGUGCAACUCGGCGGAGAUCCUCAACGUCGUCAGCUCGUACAAGCCCGCCGACUGGCACGUCCAGAACAUCGCCGUCCUGCACGGCAUCGUGGAGAAGGGCUUUACGAGUGGCGAGAUGCGUCUCACGUCGAGCUUGCGUCCCGUCGUCGAACGUCUCUUCGACCACCUCCCUCGCAACGUCACGCCCGACUCGACAGACGUGCCGGCGCCAGCCAAGGCUUACAUCGAGUGGGCGCGCUCGACCGUCGAGGAAGGUCUGCGUGCGAUGACCAAUUUGCCCGCCGUCAUCCUCAUCCUCCAGUCGUGGUCGAAGGUCGAGCCCGAGCGCAUUGACGCUUUCAUCCCCGCGCUCGUCCGCGUCUUCACACGUUACCUCAAGGAGCACACGGCAUCACCGACAGUCGUCUCGUCCGUCGAUCCGAAUCUCCGGCUCCUUGUGUCGAGCCUCGACGUCCUUCGCCAGCGCGUCUCGCACCUCGGCGAGCAGCGUCGUUGGUUCCUCAGCGGGAUCGUGCAGCUUGUCGAGAAGUCGUCGAACAUCGACGUCUGCCGCUUCCUUCUGCAGAUGGUUCGCAAGUGGGUCUUCGACAAGGACGAGCCGUACCCGACGCUCAAGGAGAAGGCCGGCAUCCUGUCGAAGAUGACGUCGUUCGAGAACCGCAACAGCGAGGCGCUGCAGAAGGAUUUCCUCAAUCUAAUCCUCGACAUCUACACCGACACGUCGCUGGCGCGCAGCGAGCUUACCUUCCGCCUCGAGCCGGCCUUCCUCAUGGGCUGCAAGGUCCGCGACCCCGUCAUCCGGUCAAAAUUCCUCGCGACCUUCGACAAGAGCUUGGCGACCGGGCUCUUCAGCCGACUGCACUACAUCAUCGGCGUUCAGUCGUGGGAGACGCUCAGCGAGACGUACUGGAUCCACCAGGCACUCGACCUCCUCCUCGGCGCAGUCGACACGAAGGACCCGCUCUUCGUGCCCGGCUCGUACCUCACCUCCGCCAAGGCGCCUCCGGUCGACUUCAUCAAGCAGCUCGAGACGUACACGACCGGCGAAGUCCUCGCGGCGGCUCGCAAGCUCUUGUACGCAGACCCGAACGCGACGCAUGCGACUUGGGUCUCAACGUUCAAGACGGGAUGGUCGUGCUUGUCUCGCUCCGAGCAGCGCCACCUGACCGAAUUCAUGGUCGGCCUGCUCGUCAAGGUCUACCACUUGCGCAGCGUCGACCGCCGGCCGAACGUCAUUCAGACCCUCCUCCAGUCAUCGUUCGCGUGCUCCCCUCCCCUCGUCCUUCCGCCUCACGUCGUUCGCUACCACGCCCGAACCUUCAACGCUUGGUACACCGGCAUCGAGCUGCUCCAGGACACGCUCGAAAGCCCGCGCGAAUCCGACUCGGCCAAGGAGACGGCUAUGGACGCCCUGACCGAGCUGUACGCCGAGCUCAACGAGGACGACCUCUUCUACGGUCUGUGGCGUCGUCGUGCCGCUUACAACGAGACCAACGCAGCGCUCAGCUGGGAGCAGAUCGGCCAGUGGGCGCAGGCGCAGGUCCUCCACGAGUCGGCGCAGAUUACGGCUCGCAGCGGAGUUAUGCCGUUCACCGAGAGCGAGCUCGCGCUGUGGGAAGACCACUGGAUCAUCACAGCUCAGAAGCUGCAGCAGUGGGACGUUCUCUCCGACAUGGCCAAGAACGAGGGCAACAAGGAGCUCCUCCUCGAGUGCGCCUGGCGUCUCGCCGACUGGAACCAAGAGCGACCGAUGAUCGAGAACGCUCUUGAGACGAUGUCGCCGGUCGGCACGCCUCGCCGCCGAGUCUUCGAAACGUACCUUGCCCUGCUCGCCGCCUACUCCGCCAAGACGCCGGAAGAAGCGACCAACGCCAAAAAGAUGUUCGCCAAGCUCUGCGACGAAGGCGUUCAGCUCUCGCUUCGCAAGUGGUACUACCUCCCCGAGACGGUCACGCAGGCGCACUACCCGCUCCUCCAGACCUUCCAGCAGUUCGUCGAGCUGCAGGAAGCGCAGCAGAUUUUUGCGAGCCUCGCGGGAACGAACGCGGCGAACCUCGAUACGCGCUCGAACGAGCUGAAGAGCAUCGUCGGAACGUGGCGCGACCGUCUCCCGAACCUCUGGGACGACAUCAACGUCUGGUCCGACCUCGUCGCAUGGCGCCAACACGUCUUCUCGGCCAUCAACAAGGCGUACCUGCCCCUCGUCCCUGCCCCGAAUGCGCCCGGCGGUCAGCAAAACGCGAGCUCGUUCGCCUACCGCGGGUUCCACGAGACCGCCUGGAUCAUCAACCGCUUUGCGCACGUCGCCCGCAAGCACCAUCUCAGCGACGUCUGCAUUACGUCGCUUACCAAGAUCUACACGCUGCCGAACAUCGAGAUCCAGGAGGCGUUCCUCAAGCUGCGCGAACAGGCCAAGGCGCACUACCAGAACCCGUCCGAGCUCGCGAACGGCCUCGAGGUCAUCAACAACACGAACCUCAUGUACUUCAACGGCUCGCAGAAGGCCGAGUUCUUCACGCUCAAGGGUAUGUUCCUCGCCAAGCUGCACCUGCACGACGAGGCGAACCAGACCUUCAACCUCGCCGUCUCGAUGGACAUGAGCUUCCCAAAGGCCUGGGCCGAAUGGGGCGAGUACCACGACCGCAUGUUCAAGGAGAACCCGGCCGACCUCAACAUCGCAGCGAACGCCGUCAGUUGCUAUCUCCAGGCAGCCGGUCUCUACAAGAGCGCGAAGGUCCGCAAGCUCCUUGUCCGCAUUCUCUGGCUCCUCAGCCUCGACGACGCCGCCGGAACCGUCUCUAAGGCGUUCGACAACUACAAAGGCGAGAUCCCAACCUGGUACUGGAUCACCUUCAUUCCGCAACUCCUCGUCACGCUGUCAAAGUCGGAGGCGCGCUACGUCCGCGUCAUCCUCCUCAAGAUCGCCAAGACGUACCCGCAGGCGCUCUUCUUCCAGCUCCGAACGACACGUGACGAGCUGUCGCUCACGAAGCGGCAGUGGCAGCAGGCGGAGGCGGUCCGUCUCCAGGCCGCCAAGCGCGCCGCCGAGGCCGCCGCUGCAAACGGCGAGCCGGCGCCUGCCGAGGGCGAUGGAGCAGCGGAUGGUGGAGGCCAGACGCUCGUUACGCCUGGCGGGACGCAGCUGUCGACCGCUCCGUCGAACCAGCGUCAGCCGUGGGACUACAUCGACGAGAUAAUGGCGGUGCUCAAGACCGCCUUCCCGCUUCUCGCGCUCUCGAUGGAAAUGAUCGUCGACCAGAUCUCGACCCGCUUCAAGCCGGCUGCCGAUGAGGACAUCUACCGCCUCAUCAGCGCUCUUCUCGCGGACGCCUUGCAGCAAUACGUCAACCGUGCACCGUUCCCGACGGACGACGGCCUGCUCACUCAGGCGACCAACGGCAACAUCGCGCGAUUCGCCGAGUCUCUGCACUCUUCGCCCGUCAAGGAGCAAUUCGUCAAGGACUUCCUCACGAGCAAGCCGACCCUCCGCGAGUACCUGCAGCGACUGCAGGGCUGGCGCGACCGUUACGAGGCCGUCCUCAACAAGAAGGCGAAGCGAGCCAACCUCGAGGCGUCGUCGCACUGGCUCGUCGAGUUCCAGUACCAGAAGUUCGACGAGAUCGAGGUUCCCGGCCAGUACCUCCAGCACGAAGACUCGAACAACAACUUUGUCCGCAUCAGCCACUUUGCGAACAAGUACGACGUGCAGCGCGGCAGCGGCAUCUACUUCCGCCGCCUCACCAUCCUCGGCCAGGACGGCAGCAUCCACCAGUUCAUGAUCCAGCUGCCAGCGCCUCGAACGUCCCGCCGUGAGGAGCGCAUCAUGCAGCUCUUCCGCAUGCUGAACUGCACGCUCGCGAACCGCAAAGAAUCGCGCAAGCGGAACUUGCAGUUUACGGUUCCGAUUGUCGUCCCGCUCUCGCCCGGCGUCCGCAUCGUUGAGAACGACGCCUCGGUGACGACGCUUCAGGAGAUCCUCGAAGACCACGUCGAGUCGAUGGGCUUGCGCAAGGAGGACCCCGUUCUCGCCUUCACGGAGCGCAUCCGCACUCUUCACCGGCAUGAGCCGCCUCUCAGCCGGACGGAUAUCUGGACGGCGCGACAAGAAGCUUUCGAGGAGCUUUCCGUCAAGAUGACGCCGGACGAUUACAUGAUCAAGUCGAUGGCGUCGCCGAACGACCUCUGGCACCUUCGCAAGCACAUGACGACCUCGCUCGCCGCCUUCAUCUUCAUGACCUACACGAUGAGCAUGGCGGACAGACGGCCGGCCCGUGUGCACAUCUCGCGCGCGACUGGCAAGCUUUACACCUCGGACAUGGUGCCUUCGAUCGUCCCUGGAAAGCCCGAGCUUGUCCACAACGAGCCGGUACCCUUCCGCUUCACGCCGAACAUGCAGCGCUUCAUCGGACCCCACGGCGUCGAGGGUCUCUUGACGAGCUCACUCAUCGCCAUCGCCGGUGCCCUCACCGAGUCCGAGUACGACCUCGAGCAUCGCCUCUCCAUCUUUGUCCGGGAAGAGAUCAACACCUGGUUCACGAUGAGCAAAUCGGAUCAGCGCACUCACCUUCGCGAGUACACGCUCUCCGCCAUCGACGGCAUUGUCAGGAAGGCCAAGGUCGUCAGCGCCCAGUACGAGCGAGCACGCCAGCCAUCGUCGGUCGUCCCCGUCUGCCAGUCCGUCGUCGAGCUCCUCAUCAUGGCGAGCAACCCGGCCAAUCUCUCGAAGACGGACCCGCUCUUUGUGCCCAACAUGUGA